CUCAUUAAAACCGCUAUGAAACCGCAUUUCUCAACCUAGUUCAGUGAUCCAGGGGAAAUUAGAACUUGACGAACUUGUUCAUUCGCUGGAAGGAGUCAACUGCCAGUGAUCGAAGGGUUACCAUUGGUUCAAUCGCAACCGCAACCACCUUCAAUUUUAGACAGUAUGGGUAGGCGCAAACAACUACAUAUCACUUCUACGGACAACAGUAAAAUGCAAGAUUAUCCAUCAAAUUCUCAUGAUGCACAAGGUAAUGUGUACAUGGAAGCUAGACCAGCGAGGAUUCAGGAGAACAAAAAAAGACUACCAGAAUUAGGAGUUAAAAACGUUGUGGACUCUAUGACAAGUUUGGUAGACAGUAACAAAAUGAAGAAAAAAACAGUGAAAAGGAACACUCGUGCGGGGGAUGUAGAUUAUAUUCCAAAUCCAGAUCCAGGUGAUGAUUCUGAGGAAGAUAACCAACAAGUUGGUAGAAGUAUUGUAGAAUCCAAAAAGCGACACCAUUCACAAUAUAUUCCACCAAUGUCCAUGAGUAGAGCUGCUAAUCUAACGAAACUAGGUCGGGUGCUUGCUCCAAAUGUCUCCCAAAAGGUUCCGUCUACUUCAAAUGCAACAAAACCAAAUAAAGAAGGAGCAAAGAGAAGGAUGAUUCUUGUUGAUGAGGAUGAUGAUGAGGACGUGGAAAUAUUCCAAGAAGGUAAUAAAGUGGAUAAGGAAGUAGAUGGUGUUGAUGAAGAUGAUGAGCAUGGAGACAUGGCAGAUCAUAACUUUUCUGAAGAUGAAAACAAUGAUCAAGAACAAUUGCAUGGCCCUGAAAAAGAUAAAGCAACAGGUAAUGUGUACAUGGAAGCUAGACUAGCGAGGAUUCAGGAGAACCAAAAAAGACUACGAGAAUUAGGAGUUAAAAACGUUGUGGACUCUAUGACAAGUUUGGUAGACAGUAACAAAAUGAAGAAAAAACCAGUGAAACUAAAACGGAACACUCGUGCGAGGGAUGUAGAUUAUAUUCCAGAUCCAGGUGAAGAUUCAGGUGAUGAUUGUGAGGAAGAUAACCAACAAGUUGGUAGAAGUAUUGUAGUACCCAAAAAGCGACACCAUUCACAAUAUAUUCCACCAAUGUCCAUGAGUAGAACUGCUAAUCUAACGAAACUACGUCGGGUGCUUGCUCCAAAUGUCUCCCAAAAGGUUCUGUCUACUUCAAAUGCAACAAAACCGAAUAAAGAAGUAGCAAAGAGAAGGAUGAUUGAUGACGAGGACGAGGAAAUAUUUCAAGAAGGUAAUAAAGUGGAUAUGGAAGUACAUGGUGCUGAUGAAGAUGAUGAGCAUGGAAUCAUGGCAGAUCCCAACUAUUCUGAAGAUGAAAACAAUAAUCAAGAACAAUUGCAUGGCCCUGGAAAAGAUAAAGCAACAGGUGCUCCCAAAAAGGUUAGAGGUCAUACCCAAAAGGCCGAAAUAUGGAAAAUGAAUACUACUGAAAGAAUAGAUGUCACAUUUAACGACCAUGGACAACCAGUGGGGGAAGAAGGCAAAGAACUUGUUCAGUAUCUUGGGACACUUGUGAGGAUGGCUGAUCAUGUAUCAAUUGAGUAUUCUGACUGGAGAAAAGUUCCUAUGAAAAAUAAAGAGGAUAUGUAUUCGCUUGUUAAGUCCAAAUUUGCUAUUCAUCCAGUUGAAACAAGUGAGAUUAAAGAAUGGAUAUUCCAAAACAUGGGGAAAAAAUGGAGAACGUGGAAAGGUGUAUUAAAGUCAUGUGGAUAUGAUCCAAGCCUUACUAUUGACGAAAUUGUGACGCAACAAACUAAUAAUGACAAUAGAGUGAAUCCAACUCAAUUUAAAGAACUUGUUACUCGUUGGUUCACUCCGAAAUUUCAGACUACAUGCGCUGCAAAAAGAUUGAGUCGCUCAAAGAUGAAGGAGCCUCAUGUAACCGGGACAAAGUCGUUUGCUAGACUUGCUCAUGAAGUGGCAACGAAGAAUGAUGGUGUAUACCCGACCCGAGGAGAAAUGUAUAUAACAACUCGCACUCGUAAAGAUGGAAGUUUUGUUGAUGAUAAAGCAGCUAAUGUUGUGGCUUCACUCAAAGCUAUUGCAAGUGACUCUGCAAGCAAACAUAUAGAUCCGCAUGAUUUUACAAAUGAUGAAUACUCAAAAGUUAAAGGCCCGGAGAAAAGAGGGUAUGUUCGAUUAGUUGGAAGAAUGCCAGCCACAAAAAGUAAAGGUGAUUCUUCGACUAAUUCACAUACUAUUCAUCAGCUUCAGAGUGUUGUGAACGUUAUGAUGAACAUUAUCCAAGAACGUAUCCCCGAUGCAAACUUGCCUACAGUUCUUAGCAAUAUGAACAUACAGGUCCCCCGCGUCGGUUCUUCGGCUCCUAGCAACUCUUUACCUAGUAACGAAUUAUCAUCUUCAAGAAGUGACGAUAUUGAUGACAGAGCUGAAAACAUGUGAAGCCUUGGAGGAAUAGAGAUAACAAGAUUAAUGGAUUGCUUGGCACUAAGUUUUUUUAGAGUAUGAUUCGUAUCGAAAGAACGUUUUGACUUCUUUUGUAGACAUUAAUUUGUUUUCUAACACUUAUAGUAUGUUUUGGAUCGAACUUUUAGUUGAAGUUAUGACAUUAUUAUUUUGCUACA